AUGCUUCUUGUUAAAUUCCUUACGUUUCUUUUAGAAACCGUGAUGUUCUCUAAAAACGACCUUGUCAUUUGUGGGGCAGCCUAUGGAAGAGCCGAUGUUACUGAGAAAAUAAGAAGCUUGCGCAAAGACCGAAAACUCUCCGUCAAAGCCAGCGACGACUUUUUUGAUGACUCUUGGUAUGGAGUGAAAAAAAGCCUCGUAGUUGUUUACAAGUAUGGCAGUAAUAGUGCACAGUUACAGGUUGUCGAGGAGGGCGAAACCCUAGAAAUCACUCCGCCGUCUACUACUGUCAGUGCUUGGAUGAAUAAGAAACUCAGUUCUCUGUCACGGACUACAGCAGGUACGACCGUAUCCAGAAAAGAUGAAUCUACAUUAAAACUAAAUAUUCUUGGUGCUGCUUAUGGCCUUUCGGAUGUCACCUCAGUUGCUCAAUCCUUCUUGGCAGCUAAUCAAGUGUUCGAUAAAGUGGCUUCCAAUGCAGUUUGGGGAGAUGGGGGGCUGGGUACGAAAAAAACUCUUGUUGUUGUCUACGAAUACGGUGAUAAUUUCAUGCUUAAUAUUGCUGUUGAAGGAGAUCAAAUGCAUUUCACAGCACCCCCACCUCCUCCUCUUACGAUUCUUGGCGCUGCAUAUGGGCUGAAAUGCGUGACGGAAAAAGUGAAGGGACUGGUGACUGGUGAAGGUAAUCGUUCCUUGAUCGCAGUCGCUGAUAAUAAAACAUUUGAAGAUGGUUGGCCGCCAUAUACGAAAACGUUAGUUAUUGUAUAUCAGUAUGGAAAAGAGCACCCAUCAAUCACCGUCGUCAAGGAAAACCACCAAUUUGAGAUACUAUACUCUAAGAGAAAAAAAAUUAACUAUUCAGCCGAUCCCUGCACCCUCACGAUCUUGGGAGCUGCAUACGGGCCAGUUGAUGUUACAGAUAAAGUUCGAAAACUUGUCAAAAACGGCAGGACCCUUGAAGUCGAAGCCACCAAUGCUGUUUUCGGAGACCCUUGGCGUGGACAGGUAAAAAGCCUAGUCAUUGUUUAUCGGUAUGGUAGUAAAGCACCUCGAAUACAAAUCGCAAGUGAACACACAAGUAUUUCUUUGUCUGAUCGUGAGCCACAACAACAUGCUGAUCAGACGGAAACCCAAAACCUCCCGCAGGAUGAUGACACAACUAUGGUGGAUUCCCGGAUAAUCGUAAUGGGACCGAGGAUUGCCAGUGCUUUAUCUCCACCGGGCAAAAGCUCGCCAAACGAAGCUGCAGUGCCUGUCGAACAGGUAUUAAAAUCAUUUUUCUGUAACUAUCACCAUUGGCAAUAAAAACUUUGCUAACUAUCGCUAAUAAAAGUCACAAAUUUAUUGCUUUCUGUAGGUAGAAACUGUUACAAAUGGUAAGGACACAAAGACGAACUUGCCCUCAGAAGUCAUACUUGUUAGUUCAGAAUUAAUUUAAUUUAAAACAAGUGGACGCAAUUUCCGAGGAAGAGUAUGAAGAAAUAUUCUAUUAUAAAGACAUAAUAUAAGUCCAACUUAGGGGCUGUAUGUUCGUUCACUUCUCGAAUCGCUUCAAAAGCAUGCUGUUAAUAAACAUUAAAAAUAAUAUUACUUCAUUAACAUCAGACCUGAAAAUAAUUCUAGCCUUUAUUGGAUCAUAGGCCGGGGGAGAAAUAUUUUCUCUGAAAACACUGUCAUCAAAUUACAUCUAUAGUUGGUUUAACAGCACUAAAUCUUACAGCAGUUAGGCAUUAACUGUGCUUCACAGCCUUCAUUGUUAACACAAUUUAUUCCACUAAUCAACAAUAACAAACAUUUUGACCAACUCACUUUAAUACUUAGAAUUAUUUGGGGGGAUCACACUCCCACACACGUCCACAGAGAUAGAGAAAUUCAAAUUUCAAGGAAUAUUUUUAUGUAUGACCAAGAGAACAAAAAACUUUUUGAGACUAAUUUGUGCACAUCAGGUGAUAUCACUUAUCAUAUCAACAUUCUUAGUUUUAAGAAAAUUUCUGAAUUAAGUACAGUUCAUGCAUUAGAAGCACAGCAUCUGAACCAAAUAAGCACUGCACUUUAUAUUAAGCAUGGC